AUGCUCGGCUGGGUCUACACCAGCACAUCACCAGUCGUCUGUGGAACAAACCACCAAGGCCUAGUUGUCAAAGUACCUGUUACGCCUGUUUACGUCCUCGCCACGAUACCAAGCAACAAGCGACAGACGAGAUGGCCCCAGGAUAACGAAGCCCCCAUCCUGCGCCGACGUCAGCGUCGCCAUCCAGGCCUGGACCUCGCUGUCCUGCGAAACUGGGAUCUGGCCCGUAUUUUGCUGAGAUUGCACCCGCCCGGGCCUAGUGGUAGGGAUCCGCGACCUUGUCUGCCCCUCUCGUGGCUCAUGGUUCCCCAGAUGGCAGCAAAGGCGCUCAUCAACGACCAUCACACUUCGCCAGGCCCCAGUGGGUAUAUUGGGGACGCAGCGGCGGCUGAGCGUGGCGUCCGACAUCACACGCGACCGCGCUUCAUUUCCGAUUCGGACCCGGGCUGGGAGCGCGACAAGGCCCACGCGGAACAAGCAGCGCGCGCUGCGAUUGCUGUCUGCCGAACACAGGCUGGUGAAAAGGAGGAGCGACAGGCCGGCCAGGGCUGGCAGGGUGGCCAGCAGCGGCAGGGACAAGCAAAGAAGCAGCUUGAAAGGGAUAACCCGCCCACGCCGUGGCGCAACACCCUCCCCUUCUUCCACCACCACCACCACCACCACCGCCACCACAUAGACACGGCCACCCGGGCAAGUCAGAAAACGGAUAGGAGAAAGGCCAGGCGGGAAAAUUUACCCAGGACGAAAGCGACAACACGAGCGCCAACCCCCCCGGCCGCUCCCCGCUAA